AAAUGCAGAUUCCUAGGCCUACGCCCCGAGAUUCCCCUUCUGUAGGUUUGGAACCAUGCCCAGGAUCCUGCGUUUUCAUCAAGCAUCUGUGGUGAUGCUGAAGGUCUGCGACCCUCACUUCUUUUUUUUUUUUUGCCGAGGAAGAUUUGCCCUGAGCUAACAUCUGUGCCAGUCCUCAUCCACUUUGUGUGUGGGUGCGACCCUCACUUUGAGAGACAGGCUGUUUCAGGGCUGGGGCUGGAGCUCUCAUCAUUAAACUCCUCCUUUUUGUCCAGCCCUCUGCUGGGCAUUGCUGGGGACUCUGUGGUGUGGAGACAGCCCCUCACCCAGCCUGGGAGUCAGGGAGGGCUUCCUGCACGAGGGGACCUUGGAGCUGAGACCUGGAGGAUGACAAGGAGUGCGCUGAGGGGAGAAGACCUUGGCUGUAUCUCUGGUGCCUAGAACCCCGUUUCAUGGUGUCGCGCGUUAAUUCACAAGCAGCCCCUGAUCGGUGCCAGGGCCAGGAUGCUGAAGAUACAGGAAUGAUCACAAUGGCUCUGCCCUCACGGGCUCCUGGUGUGUCAACUAAUCCUCAGCCGGUUGCACAGAUGGUAACAGCUGAGCGAGUGCCAGGCACUGUUGAAACACCUUUAUGUAUUAACUAAUUUAACCCCUACAACGAUCCUGUGAGGUGGGAGCUCUUAUCAUCCCCACUUUAGUGAUGGGGAAGGGCCCCGAGAGGGUAAGUGCCUUGCCUGGGGUCGCAUUGUGGUGAGUGGUAGGGCUGGGAUCUGAACCCAGGAGUGCCCAGCCUGCCGUGUGUGCCCUGUUUAAGGUGUGAGGCCCGUUUAGAUUAGUGUUGAGAGGGAAAGGAGCACAGAGUUAUGAGAGGAAACGCAAGGCGGUCAGGGAAGGGCAGCUGGGUAAUGAGUAGGGGGACAAACGUGCCAGUCCCUCACUGCGGGAUCCUAGGCAAACCUCAGUUUCCUCCUCUGUAAAAUGGGGGAUGAUACGGCCCCGACCAGAGAGCAGAAUUAAGGGUGAGUCACUGGUUAUAGCUGUGCAUUGUCCCUGUCUAAGGCAGAAAGCACUUGAGGGACAGUGAGGGAGGGGGUUUGGAUACCCUGGGGAGGGGGCGGGCUGCCGUGUGCACUGUGGAGGUCCGGAUUGUGGGGUGUCCUAAAGGGCUUUUGUGUCUGUGCAUUCCAGGGGCACACUGCGGAAGGCUCCGGUCUGUGUUCUGGUGACACUGGCCAUGGACCAGCCAGCCGGCCUGCAGGUGGACUACGUCUUCCGGGGCGUGGAGCACGCCGUGCGGGUGGUGGUAUCUGGACAGGUGCUGGAGCUGGAGGUGGAGGACCGCAUGACAGCCGACCAGUGGCGGGGCGAGUUCGAUGCCAGCUUCAUCGAAGAUUUGACUCACAAGACAGGGAACUUCAAACAGUUCAACAUCUUCUGUAACAUGCUGGAGUCGGCCCUCACUCAGAGCAGUGAGUCGGUCACCCUGGACUUGCUCACCUACACGGACCUGGAGUCCCUGAGGAACCGCAAGAUGGGGGGCCGCCCAGGUGCCCAGGCCUCGAGGUCGGCUCAGCUCAACUCCAAACGCUACCUGAUCCUCAUCUACUCCGUGGAGUUUGACAGGAUUCACUACCCGCUGCCCCUCCCGUACCAGGGCAAGCCGGACCCCGUGGUCCUGCAGCGCGUCAUCCGCUCGCUGAAGGAGGAGCUGGGCCGCCUUCGAGGCCUGGAUGGCCAGGACGCUCGGGACACCCGGGAGACGGAGCUCUGGCACCUGCGGGAGCAGGUGUCGCGCUUGGCGUCCGAGAAGCGCGAGCUGGAGGCGCAGCUGGGCCGCUCCCGCGAGGAGGCGCUGGCCGGGCGCGCGGCGCGCCAGGAGGCCGAGAGCCUGCGCGCGCUCGUGCGCGGCCUGGAGCUGGAGCUGCGGCAGGAGCGCGGCCUCGGGCCCCGCGGGGCCGGCCGCCGCGGCCAGGAGUGCCGCCGCCUGGCCAAGGAGCUGGAGGAAGCGAAGGCGUCGGAGCGGAGCCUGCGCACGCGGCUGAAGACGCUCAGCAGCGAGCUGGCGCUGUACCGGAGGGGGAGACGGACUCCGCCGGUGGGGCCGCCCGCGGCCCGGGAGGAUCGGGCCUCGUCGUCCCGGGAGCGCUCCACGUCGCGUGGCCGCGGCGCCGCCCGCUCGUCCUCCCGAGAGAGCGGCCGCGGAGGCCGGGGUCGAGGCCGCCCUGCCCGCCCCUCGCCCUCGCCCACAGGUGGUCGCGUGCCCCGUUUCGACCCCACAGCCUUUGUGAAAGCCAAGGAGAAGAAGCAGAGAGAGAUCAAGAUGAAGCAGCAGCAGCGGAACCGACUGGGCAGCGGAGGAAGCGGGGACGGCCCGUCCAUCUCCUGGUCUCGCCAGACUCGGGCCCCCGCCGCCGUGAGCGGCCGAGGGGACGCGGCCACCCGCUCGCGGAACCGCAGCUCCUCGGUGGACAGUGUGCGCAGCCGCGGCUCGUCCGCCAGCUCCUGCAGCGAGUUGGAGGAUUUCUCGGAAUCGCUGCCUAGAGGCGCUGGCCGCCGCGGGAAGCCGCCCAGCCCCACCACCUGGAGCGGGUCCAGCAGGCAGCAGAAGGCCACGCCCCUGGAACGCGGCCGCCAUCAGAGACGCCUGGCCCAUUCGGGGGGCUGGGUCCCCAUUAAAGACUACAGCUCGGACCACCAGGCGGCCGACAUGGCCGAGAUAGACGCCCGCCUGAAGGCCUUGCAGGAAUACAUGAGCCGGCUGAACACGCGGUCGUGACCGGGUAGGGGAGCCGGCCUCUGCAUCUCCAUCCCCCGGGAGACGACGUGGGGGCGGGGCCUGCGUCCUUCCGGCCCCGCCCAGGCCCCGCCCGUCCGCUCCGGGUCUCAGACUGGAGGCCCUGACCCCGCCCCCUCCCCCUGCGUUGCCUGCUGGGGGGGAGGGGUAGGUGCAUUUUGUAAAUAAACUCUCCUUUGGGAUCCCUCA